CACACACAACGGGCCAGAGAUACACUCCUGUCAGCAUUUUGUUGGUUCGGAGUCACCGAUGCAGAGUAUCUUGUCUUCUGCUGCCGAAACGUGCACCAUCCCAAGCGGCAACAAUUCAACUGCCGAAAUAUGUCAGUUCCUGACAGAACACUGCUCUGGUGUCCGCCAUGUUUACCUGCGAUAUUACUACUGUGCCAACCUGGAUAGCCCUGUGCUCUCGAAUGCCGUACUAUGGCUGUUUGUCAUCACGGCGAUCGGAAUGCUAUUUCUCAUUUUGGGUUUACUAGCGUCCGACUACCUAGUGCCGAAUCUUUCUGCACUUUCGGAGGCUUUGAAGAUGGAUGAAAAGUUGGCCGGGUUGACGUUGCUAGCCUUUGCAAAUGGGUCGCCGGACAUGUUGUCGACAUACAUUGCGAUGAAGAACGGGAUGACCACAAUGGCGAUUGGGGAAUUGCUAGGAUCUGCGAACUUCGCCCUAACGGUCGUUAUCGGUGUCAUGGCGAUAUACAAGCCGUUCAAGGUCAACCACCAGACGUUCAUCCGGGACCUCGUCAUCUUCUCAACGCUCUUGCUGCUGUCACUCUACAUCCUGUCUGAUGGCGUGAUAACUAUGGUUGAGUCGAUUGUGCUCUGUGUGCUAUAUCUCGUGUUCAUUGUACUCAACUUCUUCCUGCCGCAAGGUGGCGAGAUGGAGGAGUACAAGGUUGACACGGAUGCGUUAGCGGAGAGUGCAGCCACGGAUGCUAACGCUAAUGUGAUUCCACAGUUAUACUCCCACAACCUCAUGAAUGCGAAUACUGAGAGUAGUGGGAACAAUGGCCACCCAGAUGACCAGAGUAUAGACUCUGACGCAUCGAACGACUCAAAUGCCAGCCACAACGACUACUAUUUUGCUCACAAUAUUGACAACUUAGAGAGAGGGAGAGCGUACAAGAUCGCAUUAAUUGAUUCGUUGAAGUUGGCAUGGUUGUGGCAACGCAAAAGCUCCAGCAAGGCGAUACCCGUCGAAAGCGGAGACAUAGAGCAGCUGAACACAAUCUCAGAAGUCACUCCACUGAACUCUCCGCAGAACUCAAACAUCAACAGCUACGACAAUACGGAUGAAGCAGAUGAAAUCCACAGCGAGGCUCCUGCUCCUGCUCCUGCCCAAGAUGCAAGCAAUUCGAGCCCGAUUAUUCACAGUAGAAAAGCCAGAGAUAAAGACGAUUUCCAAAUAUUAUACCCUUCGAGACACUCGGUUCUAGCACGAACCGACUCCUCUCUCUCGUUCAAAAACAAAGCUCCCGACUCGAGCAUACACAAUGCCCGGAAUUCCACUCCAAUCAUCAACAUACAGCCGUCCACCGGGAAGUCGAGUUUGGGGAACGAGGGCGACACUGAGGAGAGGAAAGACGAGACAAGGACGGACAUUCCGAACCACUCGAGAUUUGACGAGACGCUCUUGCCGCCUCCCACCUUGUACCAUUCGAGUUUGGAGCCUCCUCUCAGCCCGAUGCUGAGACAAUUGUCUUCAACUUCCACACUCAUCCCCUAUGUCGAGUACCAGAAGACAAGAAACAUGCUCCUCAAGAUCUGUCCCAUCCAUAUAGUCACCGGGGCUAACUCAGUGAGUGAGAGGUGUCUUGCCGUGAUUCUUCUUCCCUUUUCUACGCUGGCGAACCUAAUCAUUCCUGUUCCGCUUCCGAGGGAGCUUGAAGGCGAAAUAUUCAGACAUGAGCAGGCUUUGUCGGCCAGGCUUUUCCACUUCCAGAUCGCCAUAACGCCAAUGGUCUUGUUCGACUUCCAGUUCUCCAUCCUACUGGUACUCGUCUCGAUAUCGCUCCCGGUAUUCUCCAUCCUCUUGAGACGUCUAUCCCCAGGCGCCUUCGACCUGAUUUUCCCCAUCCUCUCCUCGGUGUGCGGGUUUCUCUCCGUCUUGAAGCUCAUCUCGAUGGCUGCCUCUGCCAUCAUCUCAGUCUUGAGAGACCUCGCCGAGAUCUACUCGUUGAACGAGUCGAUUCUAGGGUUGACUAUUCUCUCCUUGGGCAACAGUGUUGGUGACGUGGUCACCAACCUGGCGCUUGCCGGCUUGGGCAGACCGUUGACCGGCCUCCAUGCUUGUUUUGGAAGCCCGCUUCUCUACAUACUCCUCGGAGUUGGAGCCUGCUCCUUGAUUGUGCAGCUUGCCAUCACCGGCACAAGGACAAUCGAGUUCAACGUCGACCGCAGCUUGCAGUUGACUGCCCUAAGCAUCAUCUUCAUGCUCGUACUCUACAGCGUGCUUGUUCCACUCAACAACUGGACGUUUAAGAAGUGGAUGGGCUACAUCGGUGUUACCCUCUGGUUUGCCGUGACCUCUUUCAACUUCAUCUUGCACCGGUACAGAUGAACUAUCUUCUGCUGACGUAAGCAAUGUGGGCCCCAGGUCCACACAGCUGUGGUUCCACGGCUGAUAAGCGCCUCGAGGAGUUCGGGAUUUGGUGUCUGCGCCUUAUCGCAACGGUUAUUGUGGACGGAAACGUCUUCUGCCGCAGGAGCCACAGGAUGGGACUGUGGCUCAAGGGGACUGGGGCGAUGACGGGCCUCGGGAAGAUGACUCGAGGGAUGGUGAUGACAAAGAGGAGGACAGGAAGGGGGUGGCGACAACGGCAGUGGUGCUGGAGCGUGUGUUAUAAAAGAGAGACACUCUUGUAUGUGUAGGUUAAUCCUUGAAUAUAGAGCAGUCGAGCCGUAGAUGGAGUUGGUGUAGAUAGAAAAUGGUAACAACAUAGAGGUUUUAUACAGGUGAUAAAAGCGAUGUCAGUUUUGCGUAGAACCUACCACGACGGUGCGAUCCACUUCCAGAAGGACAGCGAUGAGAA